CGAGCCUUAGUAUGCAGUGGUGUGGCCACUGUAGCGGGCUUUGUAGCGGAUGUAGUGUUAGAGGUGUCCCGUAACUGCGAAACCCGGUGAUUUUAAAUUCAUCUCAGUGAACCGUUCGGCGAAUUUCGUCAAAUUAAUCGGAAAAAGGAGUUGUAUAAAGUGCACCUUGUGAGUUCGCCGGUAAAAUUGUGCAAUACUUUGUGCAAGGAUUAUAAAAAUUAAAAAUCGGAAAGAUAAAGCAGCAUGAUGUCGGAAACUGUAGUCACUGUACACGAAACAACAACUACCACAGGGAACAAUCCUCGCCAGGUACCAACCGUAAAAACGGAACCUGGCCAAUCUCCAGGGUUCAACCUUAAUGAUAUUAAUGUGGAUUACAUCCGGAGUAAACCCGGCAUUCUCAAAGCACUGCAACUCAAUCUACCUAAGUAAUUAAGAGAGCAUUUCAGUGGAAUCGAGUACAGGA